AUGGCAUAUCGCGAAACUGCACCCUCCACAACCGCAACUCGUGAAGCUCUCACGUCUUUCGAUAUCCUUGGGGUCAUCUUUAAAGCCUGCCUCGCCUUAGAUAUCUCACUUGAAUGGCAGAACGACGUUCGGCAAAAGAUCACUCUUGGGGCGGUGUGCAAGUUGUGGAAAUUCACCUUGGAGUCGACUCCCGCUUUGUGGUCGCAUAUCAUUCUGAUGCCACAAAUGCCUCAGUAUUACAUCCACAAGGUUUUUUGGCUCGCAAGGCAUGCUCGGAAACAUUUGAGCAUCAACCUUGACCUCAGUUCGCAAUUGAUUUCCCCAUUCUCGUCUUCGAUUGCCGAUCUUCUGGUUGCCGCAGCGAAGACAGUCACUUCUAUCUCCGUGCAAUAUUCUUCCUACUCCGACUGGGAUACAUUUGUCAACUACAUCUCAGCAACCAACCCUCACCCAAACUUCACAUCACUCCGGCGCUUCUCCGCGACGCGUUCGGUCUCUUCCUGGAGCGCAUUUGACGCCGACCUCCCUCGUUUGUUUCCCGGUGCCGCGGUAGACCUGCAGCAUCUCCAUCUUGACGGCCUUCCCUUGUCCUCGUUUGUAGUCGGUCCCAACCUCAUAUCGUUGGCCCUCACAAACUUGGUUCAAGACCAUCCGGCUUCUUCCGAUUUCGCUGCCACCUUCCUGGAUUCUCUCCGCCAGACACCCCACCUUGAAACUCUUAUCAUUGAUGUCAAUGAAUCCUUCACUACCCGAUUUGACACCCACCGCCCACUUACUCUUCCCUGCCUCCACACCCUAUCGUUUCUCUGCAAUAUGCAAUCGCCGCACCCCUGCGGCUUCUUGAUAUCCCUAAUCAAACUUCCGAAGCUCCAUACGCUUUCAUUGGGCUUGGCGAGCAACCAUAACUCUCAUAACUUCAUCUCCGCCAAUGAAACCCAUCUUUCCACCAUUACUCUUCUGCGUCUAAUUGGCCACAUUUCUCUUUACAUCGAUUUGACCAGUGGUCCCGCAAAACUUUUGUCGUCGUUGACGGGGAGUAAACUGCGGCAUCUGGAUUUUCUCAAUACCGGUGGCCUUUUUACUUUCGAUGCCGAGCGACAGCUUUGGGUUCAAACGCAGUUCCUUGAAAUCCUUGCACAUGCACUUACCCUUCCGGCUGUUCGUCUCUUGGUCAUACGACCGUUACGUUCAACCCCACACUCGCCCUCCGCCACCGACUUGAUACGGUCUUUGUUGGAGCCUGUUUCAACGCGAGGUGAGGUAAAACAUAUUUUCGAAGAACAUGCGUUGUGCCCUGUUUCAGGCGGUGGACAUUCCAAUUGUGGUCGCCUGUGGUCCUGGGACUUUGAAGGACUUCAGCAGGCAAGUAGAGCCAGUCAUUCUACGCCUGGAAUUCGUCCACUUCCUUCCAAUUAUAUCUAG